AUGGCUUCUAAAGUCAUCAGUACGUCAACUGAUAUUGGUAUCCAGGGUAAUGCAGCAUGGAUGUUGGGUCAUCUGUAUCUAUCAGCUUGUGCUGUCACUGAGACCAGAGCUAGUGUUCCACCGAACUAUAGUUACCUGAAGGAAACCAGUGUUUUAAGAAGUCUGGUUGAUUUUCUACUGGAAGCUGGUAAACAUGGACCAGAGAAGGUAAAAAAUGGUGAAUUAAAGGUUGUGUUGAAUUCUUUACAAGAUGAAGUCUCACGUCUGUUACCGCCAUUAAACUGGGCAGGAGUUCUCUCCCCUUUGAUGAGAAUGGAAUAUGAUAAUGAAAUAAAAUGUUUGUGUAUAAAACUAGCUAUAACACAAUGUAUCUCUUCACCUACUGCUGCUUCUUUUAUAUCGUCAUGGUUACAGCCAACAUUGUUUUCAUCCUUAACGGAUGAUUGUAGGAUAGAACUGUUUAAGAGUUUACCAUUGAUGUUAAAACCAGUUCAAUUCUCAGUAUUAAAGAUCUUCCUAUCGAAAUGUUGUAUGAUUCCAUUCUCCACUACCCCAGUCCAGUCCUCUCAUUGUGUAGCUGUAUUAGAAGGGUUAAACAAAGCUUUGCUGGUCCACGAUCCACCCAAAUCAGUUACUCUAAUGUUAUAUGAGACUACAGAGAAUUUAUAUAAAGCUGUUACAGACUGCUCUGAUGUACAAGUCUUAACUAACCUUUCAAAAUGUUUGUUCAGUAUCCCUGAUGAUAGAUUCGAUACAAUGACAGCUGAUGAUUUCACAGACCCAAAAACUUUCAUAAAAGGAGUUUUUAUACGAUGUCAACUGGUAGCUAUGGGGAGACAACCCAUUGUGAUUCUCAACAGCUGUUUAGAUGCUACUAUUAAUAAUAAAACUUGUGAUUAUAAGAAAGUAUUCAGCAUACUGUGCCAUUGUUUUUAUUCCACUGUCAUGAGUUCAACAGAAUCAACUGGUGCUAUGUAUUUGGUACAAUGGUUGUUGGAACUGGUUGGCCAUGUUCGUAAUAUCAGUAUCGGAGUUAUACAAUUAGAUGAUAAUGCCCUGCCAUUAGCUACCGUUUUGGAGUUGCUGAUUGGAGUGGUGUCAGCUGCUAUCUCAAUCUGGACCAUGCCGUCUGUAGCCUGUAUGAUCAAUAUAGAUACUAAACUGUUGAUAUCAGAUGUUGACAGUGAAACUAAGACCAGCCAGGUUCCUACUGUUGAUAUACUCCAAUGUCUCCAGUCUCUUCCUGUAUCCAUCGUUAAUCUAAAAGUUGAACCAUGGCUUCAAAUCUUACCAAAAAUAGUAAACUGGAUGGUUUCAAUAUUAGAACUUUCUGAUGAUCUACUGUCACCUCAUGCCAGAAAAUCUUUAAAAGAUUGUUUGUAUUUGUUGAGAGAUAGUGAAGAAUUUAAAAAGGCUGCCGUCUGGACACAAGUUUUUACUUUAGAUCAAUAA